UAUUAUUUAAAUAUGAAUAUUAUUUCAAACAAAACCUACACAGAUGUGAAAGUAGAAGAAUAUGAAUAAAAUGGAUGGAAUUUCAUUUUCACAAAAGCAGGAAUGUAUAACACUUCAGAUCUUGAUAUGCUUUAAGAUGCAUUGACACUUUAAGGUAUUCCAGACAUUACCAAUGGUAAUAAUUGUGCUUUAAUUUAUAAUAAAUAAUUCAACUUUGGUUUCUUUGUAAAUCCUAAAGAUUCGCUCUAUCUUUGUAAUUAUGAACAAAGAUAACAAAAUUACAUAGAUAUCAAAAAUCAAUUCAGAACAAAUAAAAUUAAUUAUAUAUCUAUUAUACCUGAAUAAGCAUAACUUAAACAUUCCAAUGCUUGGAAAUAAAAAUAAAAUGAAGAUAUCAAAAUUUUAGAUAAAAUAUCUGAUACUUUUUAUUGCACUCCCUAUAAAGGUACUAUUGUAGAUGCAAAUUAAAUUUAAUAUCAAUUCUAAAGAUUCAAAAAUAUGGAUGGAGUAAAAGGCAAGUCUAUCUUUGAAAAUCAAUUAAAUGAAAAUGUAAUCAAAACUGAAUUAGAGUAUCUUACUCAUAUAUUUAAAAAUUAAUCAUUAUAAUUUUACUGUGAAUAUACAGAAGAAGAAAUCCCUUUGAAUAAUUUGACUUAAGUAUUUAUGUAAAAUAAGAAAGGAAAAUCCAAUCAAAUGGGCAUCAUAUAUAACUUUAUAUGAAGAUGAAUUAGGAGAUAAUGGAUUGGUUACUUGUGAAUUUAGAUUCAGAGUCAUGGGAGAUUGUUUUUUUGGUUUAAUCAGAAAUUAUUUGAGAGUUGAUGAUGUCUUAAUAAGAAUUUUAGAUACUAGAAUAUAUCAUCAAUUUGGAUGGGAUUAUAUAUUGAGAGACUUUACUCACAGAGAAGAAUCUUGGCGUAUUCUUUUAAUUAUAAUAUCUUAGAAAACAUUUAAAAAAAUGGGUUUCAUUUUUCUCCUUAAUGGUCAACAGAUUAAAAUUAAUCAUUUCUAAUUUAAAAUUCUGUACCUGUUUAGUUGCAUAUUAAUGAUAAGAUCUAUUUCUAAUUUGGAUGACUG